UUACCUUGCUGGGGGGGGGGGGUUUUACUUACAUGAGCGCGGGAAUGGAGGCGGAGCUGGAGGCGGCUCAGCGGCGCUUCCGGCUCUGGUUCCGCGGGCUGCGUUCCCUGCGGCGGGACCUCCGGUCGGCCCGCUGGGCCGGCGACGACCCGGCCCAGCUGGGGAAGCUGGCGGGCGGCUUCGUGGCCCACUUCUCCGACUACUGCGCCGCGCGGGCCGAGCUGGACCCGGUCCUGCUGCUGUCGGCGCCCUGGGCGAGCCCCGCGGAGCGUGGCGCCGCCUACUGGCUGGCCGGGUGGCGGCCGACCACGGUGGUCCACCUGCUGUACACCGAGUCCAGCCGCCGGUUCGAGGCGCAGCUCCCUGACCUGCUCCUGGGCGUGCGGUCGGGCAACCUGGGCGACCUCAGCCCGGCCCAGCUGGCCCAGAUCGACGAGCUCCAGCGCCGCGCCGUCGCCGAGGAAGACGCGCUCUCAAGGGAGAUGGCGCGGCUGCAGGAGGGCCACGGCGUCGUUGGCGGAGACGGGGAUCUGGACGUGGAGGGGAUCGUGAGGCGCGCCGGGGCCGUGGUGGCAGGGGCCGACGCGCUGCGGCUGCGCACCUUGAAGCGCGCCGUGGAGAUCCUCGAGCCGGCGCAGGCCGCCGAGCUGCUCGUCGCCAUGGCCGACAUGGAGAUCGGCUUCCGGGAGUUCGGGCUAAAGCACGGCGACGGCGGUGGCGAGCCGAGCCGCGGCGCGUAGGCAUAGGCGUGGCGCGGUCCAGAGAGCAGAUCCUCAUCCGCAUCGGCGGCUCGGCCCAGUUUUUUUCUUCCAAGUGUUUGCGCUGGUUUGACUGGGACAGAAAGACUGCUCACUGUUGUAAUCUUGUUGCCGUGACGAUUGUCUUUGCCGAACUGUCUCGCGGUGGGUGCUGCGUCGUAGCUGGACCGUGUGCGUGUGCGUGUGCGUGCGCGUGCGCCUGCUGGGAUGUCGUGUGAGAAAGCAAUAAAAUGCAAGGAAUGCAUGCUUGGUUUCGUUGAGAAGUCAUAUUUUGUUUUCGAGCAA